UCGACGGUGAGGGAAGUGGAUGUGGCCUCUGGUGAGGUGCUCAACAGCGUGCCUCAAAGUGCUGACGUUUUCGGCGAGGGCCUUGCGCUGCAUAAUGACAGGCUAUACCAGUUGGCCUGGCGGGUACGGUCAGGAUUGGUGUACGACAGAGAGACUCUGCAGCCCCGGGGCAGCUUCCAACACGGUAUGGCGGACGGGUGGGGCCUGGCAGUGCUGAACGAGUCGGUCAUGGUCGGUACUGACGGCUCCUCCACUCUCUUUCAUCUUGAAUCCUCGUCCUUCAAAGCCAAAGCACGCGUGACAGUGAAGGAUGGCAAGAGGAGCAUUCCGAACCUGAACGAGUUGGAGGUGGUGGGGGGGCUCGUGUGGGCCAACGUGUGGCUCUCCAACUGCAUCGCCGCCAUCCACCCCGACUCUGGCCAAGUGCUCGCAUGGCUGGACCUCUCCUCCCUGCAGCGGCAAGCCGCUGCAAGAUCAAACGAACUCAACGCACGUGAAUUUGACGUGUUGAACGGGAUCGCAUGGGACUCCAAACACAACCGCCUUUUCGUGACGGGAAAGUAUUGGCCACUCAUGUUCCACAUCACGCCAAGAAUAGCCCCGCUAAAAGCUACCCCAAAAGAGCAAGCUGCGGAGUUGAAGCAAGUUAGAAAGGUGUGUCAGCCUGCAAGACAAUAUUUCACAUAG